CGCAGCAGCAGAAGACUCCCAGCAGAAGAAGACGAAGCUACGCUAACAAUAACAAACACGAGCAGCUGACCUUUUCUCAGUCCUUUCAGCUCAUGUCACGUUAACGCGUCUCUGUGGUUCAGAUUCAAACAGGAGAUGAGUUGGACUUUCCUCCUCCUGGUGUCCCGCUGUGACUUCCAUCAUGGACGUCUGCUGCUGGUCUUGUCUCGGGGGUCUCCGCCAGUCCGAUCACUCAGCUCGGGUCCACGCAUCAGCCUCAGCCUAAGAGAGAGCUUUAGGCUUCUGCAGCUGCCAGACGAUGGACUCAGCACCCCCGCCCAGGUGAAGGAGGCCUACCUGCGCCUCGCCAAGCUCUACCACCCGGACUCCGGAGCGGCGACGGCGGACUCGGCGCUGUUCGCUCGGGUCGAGGAGGCCUACCGCGCCGUGCUGGCACAUCAGAGCAAGGCGAGGCAGCCCGGCGGAGAGAGGGAAUCGGAGGACGAGGACAAGUCCAAGGGCGCGGCUCUUCAGCACAGACACUACCUCAGCUUCGAGGGCGUGGGCUCGGGCACGCCCAGUCAGCGCGAGAGGCAGUACCGGCAGGUCAGAGUCGACCGGGCGUCCGAGCAGGUCCUGAACUACCGGCAGAGGGAGCACGAGAGGGCGGCGGCGGCAGACGGGGCGCUGGUGGAGCGGGACAUGCGUCAGCGUAGCCACAAAAUCAAGAUCACCCAGGCGGUGGAACGGCUCGUGGAGGACCUGAUCCAGGAGUCCAUGGCCCGUGGAGACUUCAGGAACCUGAGCGGAGCCGGGAAGCCCCUCAACAAGUUCGAGCACAACCCCUACGCCGACCCGAUGACCCACAACCUUAACCGCAUCCUCAUAGACAACGGGUACCAGCCUCCCUGGGUGGUCACGCAGCGGGACAUCCGAGAGGCCGCCGCCCACGUCCGAAGGAGGCUUCUGGACGGGAGGGCCAGGCUGGGUGACCCCAUGACCGCACAGGAGCGGCGGCAGUGGGAGGAGCUGUGUGCGUCGGUCGGGGAGGAGCUGGUGAAGCUCAACAAGACGGUGGACAACUAUAACCUGGUUGUGCCGAUGCUCCACAUGCAAAUGGUUCACUUCAGCUUGUCCAGGGAGGCGGAGCGCGCCGAGAGAGGAGCCGAGAAACGGAGACUGGACCAGCAGAGGGAGCGCGAGGAGGAGCGAGAGAGGAGGAAGGAGGAGAAGAAACGAGCCGACGUAGCGAAAAGAAACAGGAGACGAGGCCUCGUGUCCUGGAUGCAGAAUCUCAUCCGAUGACGAUUGAGCUCAGAGCUCAACGGUUUCGGCUGCAUCCGGUAAAAGUAAAACAUUAACUGUUAAAAUGUGCAGAUCGUUGUUCGGUGAUGCUGGUUUUACAUUACACCAUAAACCGUGUAUAAAUAUGGACUAAACACGUCUCCACUUCCUGCCGUUGGCCAAACGGAUGCUGUUUUCCCGGGAGUACGGGAGCUGUGGUAUCGAUGCCCCGCCCACAUGUCCUCCUGGCUCACGAUGCCCCGCCCACCUUUUCUUUUAAUUCAUCCUACGCUCUGCUCCACCUCCACCAGCUACAAGGACACGUUGGAUUAUACACCGAACUUAUUUUUUAAUAAUUGUUUUUACAACUCUCCCAGUCCCUCUGGACCUUUUUAUGGAGCGGUUGGCAUGGCAACUACUGGUCGCUGUUAUGUUUCUACAACGUCAAGUAACAAACUAAAGCGAAACUCAUCCAGAAAAAAAAUGCCACUUGAACAUUAAUCAACAUUAUAUUAACUACCUGAAAUGAAAAAAAAAACAAAAACCAGCCUUGAAAAGAUGUUUGACGUGUGUUUUAGUUUGACCCAUGUCCCGCCCACUAACACGGAGGGGGUGGAGCUUAUACAGUGUGUGGUGUAAAAACAAAACGUUUGGGACUUUAUGUGUCGUCAUACACGUCAUCUAACGGCUACAGGAGUCAGUGCGCACAGGACACACAUCAUAGAAUCCAUAAAAAUACUAGUGAAAUCAAAAUGGAGUGUUACCACACAGGGUAUGAAUCAUAUUUAUUUCUGGAGGAACAGAAACACUUGUAUUUGAUGGAGCAACUUCAUUAGACUGAGACUUAUCUGAUUCGGGGUUGUUUCUGUGAAAUGACUGAAGAUGCUGUAACGCUUGGUUGCUAUGUGACAUGAAGGUGGUAAAUCAAUAAAAUGAGAGAUGUUUUAAGUCA